AUGGUAAUACUGCAGUGUUUUGUCAACAUUUCUCACUGCAUUCACUACUGAUCUAACAAGUUGCGAAUCAAAGUCGUCGAUCAGUCUUCCAAAAGCAGUUGCCUCACAAAGACCUCGUAAUAAAUUGUCGUGGAUAGAGUUUCGAGCUCAUAAUCCGAGCUGCAGUGAUUAUGGGCCAGACGAAGAAUGAUUUUAUGCACAAUGAGGGAAUGCAAGGCACCUACAAAAUUUCUGUUCCUGAAAAGCAAGCUGACAAUGAGUCUACAGAUCCCAAAACUGAUAAACCAACAGGCAGAGCUCAAUGGGGCAACGACAUAGAGUUCCUAAUGUCCUGCGUCGCUUUCUCCGUCGGUCUCGGUAACGUCUGGAGGUUCCCGUACACCGCGUACCAAAAUGGAGGCGGCGCCUUUCUCAUACCCUACAUAAUCGUGCUCUUCAUCAUCGGAAAACCAAUCUACUACAUGGAGAUGAUCUUAGGACAAUUUAGUAGCAGGUCCUGCAUCGAAGUUUGGUCCGUCUCUCCCGCCUUCAAAGGGAUCGGAUAUGGCGUCGCUGUAAGCGUGUUUUCGGUGGUGACUUAUUACUGCUCGCUGAUGGCGUUGACGAUGUACUAUUUACUGGCAAGCUUUCAAUCGGUUCUUCCUUGGGCUUUUUGCUGGGAAGAAUGGGGUGACACUUGCUUUGACAGCAGUUCUCACAAGGAAGGGAAUGCUAGCAAGAGCAGCUCGGCUGACUUGUACUUUCGCAAAGUGGUUCUCAACGAAGCCGGAAUCGAAGACGGAUUAGGAGACCCAUCUUGGAAACUGGUGCUAACUCUCCUCGCUAGUUGGUCGUUCGUGUUCAUAGUGUUGAGAAACGGAGUGAAAAGCAGCGGUAAAGCUGCUUAUUUUCUGGCUUUAUUUCCGUACGUGAUUAUGAUAAGCCUGUUGAUAAGGGCAGUAACGUUAGAAGGAGCAGUGAAUGGUAUAAUAUUCCUGUUCAAACCAACCUGGGAGAAGAUACUUGAUCCUUCAGUCUGGUACGCCGCUGUGACGCAGUCCUUCUUCUCUCUUGGGGUCUGCUUUGGAGCUGUUAUCAUGUACUCAUCUUAUAAUCAGUUCAGCCAUAAUGUGUUAAGAGACUGCACCCUGGUAACAGCUCUGGACCUCUGUACCAGUCUCAUAGCAGGAACCACCAUCUUCGGCAUCCUGGGUAAUCUUGCCCACGAAUCAGGGAAAGAAGACAUCAGUACUGUGGUACGCGCAGGAACAGGACUCGCUUUCAUUUCUUAUCCAGAAGCACUUGCUAAGUUUACGGUGGUACCACAAUUGUUUUCGGUCCUCUUCUUCUUGAUGCUGUUCAUAUUAGGAAUCGGUACCACAGUUGCGUUUGCUGGAGUUAUUACUAGCAUCAUCACGGACCAAUUUCCUCGACUUCCGAACUGGAAGGCUGCUGGAGGGGUUUCUUGCGCUGGUUUCUUGAUUGGUAUCGUUUAUUGUACUAGAGGAGGCCAAUACAUAUUAAAUCUGGUGGAUUAUUUCGGCGGAACAUUCAUCGUCGUGUUUUUAGCUUCGUUCGAAGUGAUCGCUAUUUCUUGGGUGUACGGUGUCGAUAACUUUUUGGAUGACACUGAAUUCAUGGUCGGUUCGAGACCGUCGUUCUAUUGGAGAUUUUGCUGGGGUUUCUUAACUCCUCUCUCGCUUUUCUCUAUCUUGAUCUAUUUCCUAUCGGAGAUCAAACCUAUCAUGUACAAUGAUGAAUAUUAUCCAACAUCUGCUUAUGUUGCUGGUUGGUUACUUUUGAUACUAGGAGUGAUACAACUUCCCAUCUGGGUCAUUAUUGGCAGGUUAAAGCAAGGAAAAAGUGAAUCUUGUUUAGAUAUUCUGAAACCAAAUUCUGACUGGGGACCAAAGGACCCAGAAAAGCACAAAGAAUGGAAGGACUUCAAGGACUCCAAAAGGAUAGCAAGGAUGAAUCCCGACAAGAAACGAUCCAGGAUCGUCACUAUGUUAAUUGGAGAUAGAGAAUAAAAUAACUUUUGUACACAUCU